AUGCCGAACCAAAACAUGCCGAACCGAAACAUGCCGAACCAAAACAUGCCGAAGCAGAACAUGACGAACCAAAAGCAGAGACUCGAUCAACUGGAGGCGACUCUUGCAAAAAAGAUCAAGCGGUGGAAGGAAGACGACAAGGAGAAGUAUGCUGAUAGAAAGAAGGCAUAUGGCGGCAGAUUCCUAGAAAACAGAGACAUCAUCCACUCGACCAGGCUGUACGAGCUUGCUAAGAAAGCUCCAAAGGGAGGACAUCUGCAUAUCCACUUCAACUCUUGCUUAGGACCCGAUGUCCUCCUCAAUAUAGCCACAGAUCCGGAGGUGAACAAAAGGAUGUACAUCUCGACUGACCUCCAAGGACCCCUGACAGCGGACAAACUCGACCAUGUCAAGAUCAAGUUCCACUUUAUGGCCUCUUGCAAUUCCAAAAGCGUCUUUGAGACUGGCUACAUCGGCCGGAAAAGGGAAAAUGAGGAUCCAAAACCAAACGGCACAUUCGACAAGAUGUUGUUUAGCAAGUUCCGCACAGACUUUGAAUCGAAAUUUAAGCCGCGCAACUUGAAAGUAAUGGACUGGCUCAAGAAAAAGCUGAUCUUCUCCUCCUCUGACGUUCAGUAUGAGAAGGGGGACCGGAACAGUUGCAAGAAGCAAUGGGAUAUGUUUGACGCCCGAACACAAAUGAUGGCCGGGUUGUUCAAUUACGAACACGCUUAUCGCAAAUACACACGGCUGCUUCUCGAUUCGUUCCACGACCAGAACAUCCAGUAUGCUGAGAUUCGACCGAAUUUUAUGCCAAAGAACCAGGUCUACACGGAUGCGGAUCCAAAUGAGACAUUGGACAACUAUGGAGUCAUGGAUUUAAUCAUUGAAGAGUACGAAAAGUGGAAGGAUAACAACCCCAAAUCCAGUUUCAGGGGGUUGAAGGUGAUCUACUGCACGCCUCGUUCCUUCCCCAAGGACCUUAUGCAGCGCGGACUGGACCAAUGUUUCGAUAUGAAGACCAACCCUAACUACAGCAGGUACAUCGCUGGCUUCGACAUUAUCGGCCGUGAGGACGCACCUGACGACCCCAACUCACACCCUUUGUCGUUCUUUAAGCCACAGCUCCUGAAAUUCCAGGAAAAAUGUAAGGCCGCGGAACCUGAGAUCUAUUGCCCCUUCCUCUUCCAUGCAGGAGAAAGCCACGAAGACCCCUUGAAGAACCUUGACACGGCUCUGGAUCUAGGGUCAAAACGUAUUGCCCACGGCUACUCUAUAACACAGAAGGGAAAAGAAUCCGUGUUGCUAAGGUGUGAGGAUCGUGUCAAGGCUGCAAAUGCCGCCGAAUUGGCACUGAAAGCCGCAAAGAAUGCCACAGACGGAGAAAGUGCCAGGAAGGAGAAGAAAACCCAAGAGCUGUGCAUUGAGUGUUGCCCAAUCUCGAAUGAGAUCCUCGGCCUUCACCCUGACGCCAAAGGCGCGGUGGUGUACGAUCUCAUGAACAACAAAAUCCCAAUCCCUUGUGCUCUUGCCAGCGACAAUCCCACGCUUUUCCAAUCCACGCUAGCCGACGACCAUUACCAGGCCCUGAUCGGCAGAGACGACUUCGGACUGCCACAGUGGAAGCAGCUAAUUAAGAAUUCCAUCAAUCAUGGCUCCUGGAAUAAUCCUGCGGAGCACAAUUCAGUUAUGGACGCCUGGGAAAGGGCGUGGUUCGAGUUUGUCAAAAGUGAAGCAGGGGAUGGACCCUUCUUCGAUGAGCCCAAGCCAAAGCCCAAGCCAAACCCACCGACGAGCGGCACUGCUGUACCUGACAGGCCAGCGGGAGGCCCAGGCCCCACGAGCACUACCACAUUGCAAAAGCCCACCCAUGGAGCUAUACAGCCGCCGGCAAGAAGGUCUACACAAGAUACCUCUAGGACAGCAUCAGACGGGCCACGAGCCGCAGCUCCGAAAGAGGUCAACAGUACUGCUAGACCUCACGGGUCAGCGGGAGGCCCAGCCCCCACGAGCACUACUACAUUACAAAGGCCUACCAAUAGAGCUACCCUAAUACAGCCACCAACAAGGAGGUCUACCCAAGAUACCUCUAGGACAGUGUCAGACAGUUCACGAACCACAGCUCUAAAAAAGGAUAACGAUACUGCUGGACCUCACGGGUUAGCGGGAGGUCUAACCCCCACGAGCACUACCACAUCAAAAAAGCCUACCAAUGGAGCUAUACAGCCGCCGACAAGGAGGUCUACCCAAGAUACCUCUAGGGCAGUAUCAGACAGUUCACAAACCACAGCUCUGAAAAAGGAUAACGAUACUCUAGCUGCUGCCCCCUCCGCGACGGGCAACGGGGCCGCCGCACGUACGGCGAGGCCCACUGGUAGCGCUCCCUCUACCAAGAGGACGGCGAGAGUUGCCGCAAGUAGCACCCACCCCUCUGCCGGCACGUCAACUCCACAGGCGAGUAAGGCUCCCGCAUCGCAGACUCGGAGGGCGCAAGGGCCAUGAGUGCAUACUUGAUGUAUUGAAACCGAGCAUGGGGCUGAUACAGAUAUUUCUUGAGUGUGUGUGGCGGUACUUAGUAGCCAGCCAUAGGACCAGAUUCUCAGGUUGCAAGAGUGUUUGGUAAAGAAAUCGGGACUUGAUGUGUUGGCAAUCCUCGAACUGAAGCUGGACAGGCGUUAAAGAGAGUGUCUUUUGGACAUUGUAUUGUAUUCUUUGUCUUGAGUGCUUACCACCGUAUGAAUAGCUGGC